UGGUGACACCUUGGGAUGAAGAUUACAUUUGUGAAUAAGGGGCAAAAAUGCUAAAACUGUGAGAAAUAGAGCUACGUUACCAUGUUGUAUGUUGUACCAUACAAAGGCAAACGCCUGUGUAUUACGCUUGUAAGUUAACGAUGCAGUAUCGAAACCGAAAAUCACAAUACUCUCAGACACGAACCUGGGUCACCUUUGAAAUGGCAGAACCGCGACACGCCACUUCCACUUCCCAGAGUUUGUGCCUCCGUUUCAGACACAUCCAUAUGAGCUAACAGUGCUAUCAAACUUAAUCAUCCAUGCAUCCAUCCAUCCAUUUUCUGAGCCACUUCUCCUCACUAGGGUCGCGGGCGUACUGGAGCCUAUCCCAGCUAUAAUCGGGCAGGAGGCGGAGUACACCAUGAACUGGUUGCCAGCCAAUCGCAGGGCACAUUCAAACAAACAACCAUUCGCACUCACAUUCAUACCUACGGGCAAUUUAGAGUUUCCAAUUAAUGCAUGUUUUUGGGAUGUGGGAGGAGACCAGAGUGCCCGGAGAAAACCCACGCAGGCACGGGGAGAACAUGCAAACUCCACACAGGCGGGACCGGGGAUUGAACCCGAUUCCUCAGAACUGUGAGGCUGACGCUCUAACCAGUCGGCCACCGACUAAAAUCUAAGCCUUAAUUGAAAAAGAUAUUUCUUCAGCAAGCCCCCUCCAACUGUGUGUCAUGUGACUACUUUUUCCGCUAACGGUUGUAUGCUCGGCGUGAGUAAAAUGUUAAAAUUGUUCUGUUGAACGACAUGAGGAGAGUGGACCGGAGGAGUGGAAGAAAAAUGGCUAGUGCUACUAAAAACCAUGAAAUUGUGGAGCCUCCAAGCGAAUUUAGUGAGAACAAUGAGAAGACUGCGAUUGGCUGGCAACCAGUUCAGGGUGUACCCCGCCUCCUGCCCGAUGACAGCUGGGAUAGGCUCCAGCACGCCCGCGUACCCUAGUGAGGAGAAGCGGCUCAGAAAAUGGAUGGAUGGAUGGACAAUGAGAAGAGUCGGCAUCGUCGUACAUAACAAGUGACAUUAAUCUAUUACAGGACGAAUCAGCAACGUCUCUGACGAUGCUGUAGUACAAAACAAUUAAGUAAAUCAAUAAAAAUUCUCUCAUGGUUUUCUUGUGACUUCCAUUCAAGGAAAUCGUUAUGAAAGCUUGACAAAAUGCAUUUACGGUAGAUGCUCACACUGUAAUAUGAUUAAUGCAUUACAAUGUGUGUGUCUGUGUAUAUGUGACUUUUGCUAUUUUAGUCACAUUUACUAUGCAACCGGCGCUUACAAAUUUGAUGACUUGAUCAUCAUGUCAUUUCAUUUGCAAAAUUAGAUUUUUAUUUUAAUUUUAUUUUUUUUUCCUGCGUCACAGUGGCUCAUUCAAAAGAUAAGGCGCUGGGUAAAGGUCAGAGGUAAUUACAUACAUGCGCACAGACACACACACACACACACACACACACGCGCACGCGGGUAGUGGUGCAAUAUGCCUCAUUGCAUAAUCUUUACUUUGAAUCCACCAUCUUAAUCUUGUUGUUUUCAAUUGAUGUCAUUAAACACUGAACUUGGCAGGGUGACCACUGAAAACAUGUGGGGGCUGUUUGGUUCUUGGGCAUUCCUCAUCCGAUUACCAGUAAGCUUUUGCAACAAACACAAAUGAUUAAGGUUCACGAAGGAAACCCCACAUGACUUUUCUUUAGCAAUGCCUUCUCUGCCUUCCCUCGGGGGCCUCCCUCCAGUCCUUCCAUCAGUAUAUGUCAAGUGUGUGACUCUGGUCCCGAGCGUCACUUUUUCUUUUGGUGGUCACCAUGGAGAAGCCGGCUCCCGAGCCCCAAGUCGGAGGCCCCCCGGUGGGACCGCAGACCCCGACUGCCGGAGAUGUGCCCCAGGUGGGAAUGGUUGCCAAGCUUUUGGGGUGCCGUUGGCUGCCUCCGGUCUACAGGGAGGAGCUCUACGAGGUGUUGAAGCUCAUGGGACCCCUGCUGCUGUUCCACAUCCUGAACUUCCUGCAGCCUCUCGUCAUCUCCAUCUUCUGCGGUCACAUUGGCACUGCGGAGCUGGCCGGAUACGCGCUGGCGUCUGCGAUCAUCAACGUGAGCACCACGGUGAUCGUGCAGGGCCUCACCAUGGCUUGUGACACGCUCAUCUCUCAGACGUACGGCAGCAAGAACCUGGAGCGCGUGGGCGUCAUCCUGCAAAGGAGUUCGCUCAUCCUUCUGCUCUUCUGCUUGCCCUGCUGGGCCGUGCUCAUCAACGCCCACCACCUGCUGCUCCUCAUGCACCAGGACCACCACGUUGCCAGGAUCGCGCAGCUCUACAUGAUGGCCUUCCUCCCGGCCGUUCCAUCUACGUUCCUGCAUCAGCUGCAGGUGGCCUACCUGCAAAAUCAGGGCAUCAUCCUGCCUCAGAUGUACACGGCAGCGUUGGCCAACCUUUUCAAUUUGGGGGCCAACUACGUCUUGAUCGUCAGCCUAAAGAUGGGCGUCGUCGGUUCGGCCGUGGCCAACAGCCUGGCUCAGGUGGCCAUCUGCCUGUUACUCUACGCCUACAUCCGAUGGAAGAAGCUCCACAGGCACACGUGGGGAGGCUGGUCCACCGAGUGUCUGCAGGACUGGGGCUCCUUCAUGAGGCUGGCGGUGCCCAGUAUCUUCAUGGUGUGCUUUGAGUGGUGGAUCUGGGAGAUUGGAGGCUUCCUUGCAGGUGUUCUGGGCGAGGCGGAUCUUGCGGCCCAGCACGUGAUGGUGGAGAUAUCAGCCAUUACGUACAUGUUUCCGCUGGGCAUCCAAACAGCUGCCUGCGUUCGUGUGGGCAACGCCCUGGGAGCAGGAGACACCGCCAGAGCCAUCCUCUCAUGUAAAGUAGCGCUGGUCCUAUCAGGACUGCUGGCUGUGCCCCAGGGUAUCGUAAUUGUCAGCACCAAGUCCGUCCUCGGCUACGUUUUCACGUCAGACGAAAACAUUGCUGCCAUGGUGUCCGAGAACCUCACCAUCUACACAUUCCUGCAGUUUUUUGACUCAAUCCUAUGCGUGUGCUCCGGAAUUCUGGUCGGCUGCGGAAUGCAGAAGAUCGCCGCUGCGUCCAACCUGGUGAGCUACUACUGCAUCGGCCUGCCAAUAGGGGUCGCCCUCAUGUUUGCCGCCCGCCUCCGAAUAUUCGGCUUGUGGCUGGGUCUCCUGACGUGUGUAUGCCUUGAGGCGUCUUUCUUCCUCAUUCUUAUUUUCAAGCUCAACUGGAAAAAAGUCACCAAGGAGGCUGAGGAGCGAGCUGGGAAGAAAGUUCUGGUGCCGAACGAAGUGACGCUGUGCGACUGCUCGGUGGACGGCCAGGAAGCUUCAAAGAGUCAGGAUCGGGAGGCCAAGGACAAAGCGGGGAAGUGGCUCUCCGCCACGCAGCUCGUCUUGCGGAGGGGCUUUGCCCUCUUGGCGGCGGUCAUCACGCUUGCGGUGGGCGUUGCCGUUCACCUCGCCUUUCCCGUUCCGGAAAUCUCGAUGUCCAACUCAGUGAACUUUACCAAAAUCUGGACCAAUGUGUCCACGGACACACCCUCGACUUGGAUGGAACCAACUCCCAUGGACCUCUCAAUACGCAGGGUUUUUUAAAAUUAUUAUUAUGAAACUAAAUCGUUGCACACUAACCCUUCCAUACUAAACUACUCUUUUACUGUAAAUUAUUUGUCCAUGUUUUUUUUUUUUACUUAUUAAGACAUACAGAAUAUUCCUUGUGGAGGCGUGUUGCUAGGCAGACUUCACAGGGCUCAAUAAUCUCUGCACCGUAAGAAAAACAACAAGCAGAGCCAUAUGGAUUAAUUUAGCCACUAACUACUAAACUCGUCUGUAUUCCAUCCAUCCAUCCUUCUCCGCCCAUCCAAGGUUGAGUCUACUCUGUAUUCAUUAUGUUUGCUUGGUCACUUGUUGCUGGACAGAUUUCAAAUGAUUGUGCCCCAGAUGCCAAACGAGACGUGUACUCGCAGAUUAAUUUUGUCAACGAAUAACUCAAAUAUGCAGCACGGUGGAUGACUGGUUAGAGCGUCUGCCCCACAGUUCUGAGGACUGGGGUUCAAUCCCCGGCCCCGCCUGUGUGGAAUUUGCAUGUUCUCCCCGUGCCUGCGUGGGUUUUCUCGGGGCACGCCGGUUUCCUCCCACAUCCCAAAAACAUGCGUGGUAGGUUAAUUGACAACUCUAAAUUGCCUGUAGGGGUGCUUGUGAGAGCGAAUGGUUGUUUGUUUAUAUGUGCCCAGCGAUUGGCUGGCAACCAGUUCAGGGUGUACCCCGCCUCCUGCCUGUUGAUAGCUGGGAUAGGCUCCAGCACGUCUGUGACCCUAGUGAGGAGAAGCGGCUGGAUGGAUGGAUAACUAAAAUAUCAACAGAAUUUACUUGUCAUGUCACAUGAUUUUUUGGUUACUUGUUGCUCGGCAGAUUUCAUGAGGCACAGUUAUUUGUAUGUACAGUAGUACCUCCCUGUAACAUUGUGAAAAUCCAUACCCCAAGCCAGUUUCACUUAACAAAAUGAAAGUUGCACAUGUCUAUCAUGAUAGACUCACAAAAAAAGUCUCAAGAACCCAUGGCCAAAAUCACAGCAAAAGUCCCCCAUGUUGGUUUAAAGGAGCCAUUUUAGGGUCAUACUGGCCAUUUCCAGGGGUCUUUCAAAGAUGAACUUGUCCCAGAUGCUUUUUUCCGAUUGCUACCAAAUUUAAAAAUUGUAUACUACACAGAUGUGUUUGUAAAAUUCAGCCCCUAAAGCCCAUUUAACUUAGCAUCAUGACAUUUGGUUGACAUGUCUGUCAUGAGUAGACCGACCAAAAAUGCUCAAGACACGCCCAAAAAGACACAGGAAGGCAAAUUUUUUUUGUCAAAGCAGCUAUGAAGGGGACAAAGUUUGAUGACUUGUCGUGAAAUAAUUUUAGCCAGCCCCUACAGCCAGUUUUACUAAUUACCAUAAAAUUUGGUAGGCAUGUCUAUAAAGAGUAGACCCACAAAAAAGUCUCAAGAAGCCAUGCCCCAAAAGACAUGUUUAUCACACUGUCAAGAAGAACUGUUUCCACGAGUUGUGUGCAACAACACGCAGACAUACACACACCCUUGCUGGUGUUAAUGGCAGCACAGCGUGACACCGAUUGCGGUUUUCAUACAGGAAAUCUCAGGCAAACUCAGCAAGGCGCCUGAGCCGACGUCGCCCGUUGUGAUGAGUGACGGAAGCAGAGGUGAUUCCAGGUUGAUUUGGAAUGCACUCUACAAUUGUGUGCACCAGUGUUGACACCUUUAUCCUGCGAGCUGGUGUUUAACACAAAAGUAUGUUUUUAUUCCUUUAAUUAAACCUUUUAAAUCUUUUUUAGCUAGCUAGGUUCUUCCAAGGAUUUUCCCAUUGAAUUUAGGUGAAAGUCCAACAUUAGGUUUGUCUAAAGAUUUUCCCAAAGGAUUUUGGUGAAAAUCCAACAUUAACAAAAUCAAAAUAACAACUUGCUCAUGUUAGCCAGAAAUGCUAAUACCAUGUGAUGAAAACUAACAACGCUCGCAAUUUAG